AUGUCGUCGCUCCCUCCGAGUUCGCCCCUACCUAUGCUCGCCAGCUCCCCAUCGCAAAAGAGGCCUCAUGUAGAUUCUGAUACUGAAGACCAGCCUUGUACUAAAGUGCGUCGAACUGGUCAGUUAACCAGUUCCCCAUUUGUGUCCCCCCUCCGGAAUGCACAAGGUACCAGUGCUCGGCGGCCUAUUGGAGGAUUCUCAACACCUCUUCGGCCAUCUAUUGUUCGCUAUGAGAACUUCUCUAGUCCAAUUCUGCCCACCCAACCAGACGUGUUUACUACGCCUGCGACUGCGGCACGGUCAAGUCCCGCAUACAGACCAUCAACCACCUUGGAAUACAGCUCUGCCACCCCCACAUCCAUAUCCACAUCCUACAAGCUUCGUCCUCUCCGAACCGUCAUUCGCCCAUUCAAACCUCCUGCCAAGUCGAAUCGACCCACAACUGCGACGGUUCAAGCACAAAGACAACGUCUCCAAUUGCUCCGAAAUGCGCUUCGGAUUCGGGGAUUGGCAGACCCUACUCGGCCUGUUGGAUCUGCACCAGUCAAGCAGGCUUCCAACGACGAGGAGCUCGAGGCCUUGGCCUUGCAGUGGCGUUCCGCAGCGCAAGAAGCAGCGCAAGACCUGUGGGCGCUUGUCCGUGACAACAUGAGUAGUAACGACUCUUGGGACUUGGGCUCGGGGGGAAGUGCCAAGCCCGAUGGGUGGGGAUGGUGCGACAAGGCACAACAUGCUUCAGCUCACGCAGAUUAUGAAAAUACGGAGGAACAAGGUUUAGACGACGUUGGGAGCCCAGCUAUGUUUACACCUCCCCCAGCAGAUAAAGUACAUCAUUCGCUACUCAAGAACUUGAACAGACCUGUUGUGCCACGCAAGACUCUAUUGCCGCCUUAUGAAGUUGUCUCCGAUGGUGUAAUCUUUGCUGAGAACGAGGAUUCCACAGAAAACAUUCCCCAAGACAAACCGAAAUAUCAUACACUGGGGACCCUGCUCACGUCACUUGGAAUUCCGCACGAAGUCUUAGGGUGGCAGGAGGACGAAGGAGAAUUUAUGAAUUAA